GAAUGUAGACUGUAGACUGUAGACCGAGUCAGAGCGAUGUAUAAAUCUACGAAGCAUGAAACCCUCGCAGCAGGGUUCGGGAUUCGGCCCGAUUCUCAGGAGGCAGGGAGAAAGAUGAGAAUAAUGUGUUUAGUUUCUCCCUCGCACAUCGGUCCCCCGCUGGAUACGAUUGAGACUUGGCCGGAUUGAGCCACGAGAAUCGCUAGAGUGGGGAUGAAGCUAUAUAACCUUGGGGUUGGUCGCCGAGGAAGCGAAUCCUCCGAGAAAGACGCGCGUGCGGUUGAAUGCAACGCGAGGGCGGCAAAUUGCGUCGUGGAUAACAGUCAUUCGGUUUUACCAAAAAACCCCCGAGGGAAGAUAAUGCUCGCGUAAAUACGCGUAUUUUCGCUCAUCGUUGAUCGACGAUCGCCAAGACGAGAGAAAAAUGGAUUUUACAAUGGUGUUAUCUAUUGUCAUCGCUAUUCUGUCAAUGAAGGAAAGGGAAACGUGGGACACAUUGGAGUAUUUGAAAAAGACAAGUGGCACAUGUGCUUGAGACACAGGAGCACACGAGACACACGUGUGCGCCACUAAAGAAUGUGCACGAUAUAACGCAGCAGAUGUGGAGAGUAAAAUUAUUUCAUAUUGAAAAGGAUGUUUGAUAGCAGCUAAUAAAGUUGCUUCCAAAUUACGUGACAAAAUAUAUUCAAUUUGUAAUUUCAUUUAAAGCGAAAAUUAAUUUAAUAGAGAAACGAGACAAGACUAAUGGCACGCGCGCGCGAAACUACACGAAAUGAGAACGAGUCACGCUUUGGCCAGAGAUCCAGAAUCCGUAAAUUCGUUGGCGCACUGCGAUAGGGCCAUCAAAGCGAUCGAACAGGAGGAUCGUGCGACAAUCGUGGACGACAGAACCUCCAGAUUGUAUUCCACAUGGCUGUCUCAAGAAUGCGAAGUGCGAGCCGGCCCGGAGUAUAUAAUCAGAAAAUACACAUUUUUCAAGAACGGCACGUUUCUCCUGCUACGUUAUUAUUAUGCCGAGGAGUCGUGCAGCAUAGCGACGCAUACUGUCACAAUUCGGGGUUCCAUCAAGUUGCUGGGAUCUUCGACCGUUGUUUCUGGCGCUACCAAAACGAGAUUUCACAUAGAUGCCAUUAAUAUUGUACCUUUGAAUCGACAGGUGGCUCACAAGUUUGGACACAGAUUGAAUCUGACUUGCGGUCCCCAGCCGAAAUGGCGACCUUACGUUGCUGAAGUGGUUUACGAGCAGCCGCGGCAGCGCUCGGCGACGCCGCUGUGGCAAGGUCCGAUCUACAAUUCUCUGCAAGCUCACUCAUUUACGAAGAGGCGGCUCGGUAUAAACUGUUUAGAGCCUUUCGGGAUCGAAUUCACUGAAUUGAGGCUGCUGAGAGUGCAAAAGAAGCCGUUCGGAAGCUUGUCCAGCAACAAUCGAUACCAUAAGCUUCCACAAUUCCAACUUUUUUUGGCCAGUUCCACACCCAACAUUCACUCUCGUUGGAAUUACAAACCUACCUCCUUGCAGCCUACAGCCAUGGUCCGCGCUGACACGGCGAGCGAUUGCCCGAUAUGCAGUGGCGUAUCUCGGAGCACCGAGUUCAGCCCACCUCUUCUCCACCAAACGGCGGCUCUACCCGCAUUGAUCGGAGGUUAUUGGCAUAGUGAGAGGUGCGAGAGCUCCGAGGGCGGUAUCUGGUCCAAACGUCAACUUCAAAUACAUUCGGGAGACAGAUUGUGGACCGGUCGAUGGGACUACUACGACGAUCCGCAAUGUUCAACGUUUCUGUACGCGAUUACAGCAGCCGGAAGUUACAUUCAGCGAGCUGGAAGACAGAGACGUCACGAAGAAGUCGAUCAAGAAACUUUCCUCGGCCGCUUGCUCAAUGUCUCCACGAGACCCUUGUUCAAAAGGAGUGUCACCAAUCCGUCAACUAUUCAUCCUCUACGAAGCAUAGAUCUCCAUCGACGUAACAACUUGUACGUUGCGAACGGGCCAAAAGAUGAGAAAUGGUCUGUUACAAUAGAUAAAAAGGUACAAAGACAGGAAAGAUCGUUGACUGAUGGCGUUCAUCGGCUCUUGCGCGACGAGAAUCCCAUAGUUCGAUCGAGAUUCGCGGCAAUGCUGCGAGAUGAUCGGAUAUAUGAGACCGCUACCAGAAAGCCUUUUCCCACCUGGAGCACCCUUUCCGGUACCACGGAGCUAGAUCUGCACAUUGCCGAGAGCAUUUUGAUUCCCGGAGACGCCACGGUAUCCGCUCGUUGUAGUGCCGAUCGGCGGCUCGGCGUGCCGCUCACCACCUGGCCGAGAACGUGCAUUCCUCGCGCCAUCGAGGCGCCCUCGACGUUGGGACUGCGGGCUAAGCUGGACGUCAACUGGAACGGUCAGUACAUCCUGCUGUUGGGCUCGCGAGAUGACAAUGCCUGGGAGGCUCCUCUGCGGCAAUGCGCGCAGAUUCCACCUCGCAAUUCUGUUCUACGAGCGCAUCUCCGAAGAAGCGUCGGUCUUCGAUUCGGACUGCUCUCCUCAGCGUCGUCGAGCCGAAUCUUUGGAAUCUCCGCUUGGCUCCUCUUAUCGCGAAUCUUGCAAUGCUCCGUGUAUUAUCUUGUACGGUGAUAUUAGACGUCCGAGUCGUUAUCUUCGUCGAGGAGCGUUUGAAUUCGGAAUUUGAGAAAGAGAUUUGAUGAAAUAUAUAUGGAGUUUAAACAUUCCAAGACAUUCUCCCCUUUCGUCUUCUCUUGGAAAAUUCCGUAGGAUCGCGCGCGUAAGUUUGUAUAUGUGUAAAUAGAAUUGAAAAUCGAAAGAUCACGGCAGUAAUUCCGGUAGAGAGUGGCGCAAUUAAAUUAAUUACCCGUUUCGUUAUGCAAAAGUAUCAUCGAUCGACUUUAAAAGAGCGCGUAAUAAUAAUUCGUGGAUGAAGAUGGCCAUUAUUACGCGAUGAUUACGAUGACAUAUCGUAUAAGCUUACCCUACUCUUUCGCUACUCUGUAUUAAAAUUGAGAUACAUAUCUGCGAUUAAUUGUAAUUUAA